UGAAAACGGCAGUCUCACCAUCAAUGACGUCACUCCCGACGAUGAGGGCGCCUACCUGUGCCAGGCCAACAACGGCGUGGGCAGUGGGCUCAGCAAACUGGUCCAGCUCAAAGUGCACGUGGGCGCCCACUUCGCCCACAAGUUUGGGUCCCAAACGGUGACCAAAGGACAGGACGUAUGGAUAGAGUGCUUAUCUCUGGGUGAGAAUCCCAUAGCGAUUGUCGUCACCAGAGAUGGCAUUCCUUUCGAUCCAAACAUUGAUAACAGAUAUGAAGUCAUAAGGAAUGAGACGAACGACGCCUUUGGGCUCAGACUUCACAUCCGGGACACCAAUCGCAGGGACAGCGCUCUCUACACCUGUAGUGCACACAACAGGUAUGGCAGCGAUGAGUACAACCAUCAGAUCAUUGUCCAGGUAAAUAAUGGAAAGAAGAACGCCAAGAUUAAAAUAUA